AUGAUUACCAAAAAAACAAACGAAAACGGACAUGAAAAAAACGAGGAGCAAGAACAAGAUGACGAAGAAUUAAUUACACCAACUCGAACAAAUCUUAAAACAAUCUUGGAAGAAAAAGCAUUUAACAAAAACAAUGACAAAAAAAUAACCUUAGAAGGUCGUGAUGAUAGCAGUAGUGACGGCAGUAAUUCAAUUACUGACAAUAUAUUAAAGAGAAGACCUUCUGCGCCUUCUAAACUAAAUGUUGAUACUAUAAAAAUUGUUCAAACAAAUUACAAUAAAACCAAGACCAACAACAAUAAUGUUGACACAAAAACAAUUUCUACCUCGACACCUACAUCUCCAGUACUUUCUUUAGUGUCUCCAAAAAUAAUUAAAUUACGUCGUAAAUGGAAUCCUAAAACUAAUGGAUUAAAACCAGCUUCUCCUUUAAAUUCUUUGCCAAGAAAUGAACUUGAUAAAGAUUUACUAGCAAGAUUGGAACAACAAAAUUCUCAAUUACCUCCUCAAGGUUCGGCUGAAUUUUUGCUUGCAAGAUUAGAAAAACAAAAUGAGUUGUUGGACAAAGAUCCUAAAUCAGUGUGCAUCCAAUCAAAUGUACUUAAAGCCAAACUCGAAACAGAAGAUAAAUCAAAGAUAAAUGAUUGGGAUUUUUGGUCUGCUCUGAUUCAAGAUUAUCCAUCCGUCGCAACCAAGUUGCCACAUUUACUUGCUGCUAAAUUACAAAAUGGCUGUCCGCCGAAACUAAGAAGUCUAAUCUGGCAAUCAAUGUCUCAAGCCUCCUCCACGUAUUUAGAAACAAUGUAUGAGCAACUUUUGCCUGAAUCAUCUCCAUAUGAACGUAUAAUCCAACGUGAUCUGGCAAGAACUUUUCCUCACGUCGAAAUGUUUAAGGAAGAAAAUGGCAAAGGUCAAACCAUGCUAUGGAAUGUUUUAAAAGCCUACAGUCUUUAUGAUCCAUUGGUUGGCUAUUGUCAAGGUCUUGGCUUCUUGGUUGGUCCAUUGUUGAUGAAUAUGAAUGAGACCCAGGCAUUUUGUGUAUUUGUUAGACUAAUGGAAACUUAUGAUAUGAGAACAAUGUUCACGCUCAACAUGGAAGGCCUUCAACUAAGGCUCUACCAAUUUUCAUCUCUGCUAACCCAAAUCCUACCAAAACUCCAUGCUCAUUUCCAACUACAUGCUGUUCAACCAGCAAUGUUUGCAUCUCAAUGGUUUUUAUCACUGUUUGCUUACACUUACCCUCUACCGUUGAUUAUGAGAAUUUAUGACGUAGUAUUUGCUGAAGGCGCUCCUGAAACUAUUAUGCGGGUGGCCAUUGCAUUGUUGAAAAAGAACGAGGAACGAUUGCUGUCAUUUGGAGAAUUUGAAGAUUUGUUGGAUUUUUUAACUUCAAGACUUUACGAGUCUUAUGACAAUGAGCCUACAGGCCUGAUUAAAGAUGCAAUGGAAUUAAGUACUGCAAUCACCAAGGCAAAAUUGGAUCAAUUGGAUGAAUGUUAUGUUAAAGAGCUAGAGGAACAGAAGAAGCGAGCAGAGAAAUUGGUGGCAGUUAGAUUUAACGGAAGAUUUACAAUUGGUAAUAAUAAACAGUCCACCAAACACGAAAAGAAGAAAGAUAACAUUAAAAUUACCAAUAAUGCUACUAAUGAAGUUAAGAAACAUGAAAAGUCUAAACGUUGGUCUUUUACCAAUUUGCCAACCUCAAGAAUAUCUUUUAAUAAUAAUAAUAGCAGCGGUAGCGAUAGUGUUAGCAGCAUAAGUAGUAUAACAAGUGAUAUUUCCAUCUCAUCAACUGACAACGCUUCCUUCUCACCAAUCACCACAAACAAUUCAAGCGUACUCCACCAACAAAUAGAAGAUUUGGUGACUGCAUUAUCUGUAUUGCAAAAAGAACAUGUGGAUAUUACUGCACAAUUGGUAUCUAUUAAAAUGGAAAAAAUGGAUUUGGUCACCGAUAAUGAAAAUCUAAAGAAUCGACUUAGAGGUCUCGAAAAAGAAAAUAAAAGAAUAUCUUCAACGUUUUCCAUUACGGAAGAUCCAGACAUUACACCACGUCCUUCAACUGAAUUAACGAGUUCACAUAAAGGAAUAACCAAAGUUGAAAUCGACGCUGCUGCAAAACAACAAGGGAAAAAAGGUUCAGAAAGAAGAUCAUCAGAAUCAGAUGUAGUCAAAAAUCCACAACGUAUUCCAUUAGUACCAAACGAAAUAACUGAUGAAUUAGUACAAACUAAAAUGGAAAAGUUCGAUUUAAUGCAGGAGAAUGAUGAAUUGAAUAGAAGAAUUGAAGAGUUACAAAGUUCUUUGGAGAUUUCUGAUGAGGCGCAAACCAAAUUAAAAGAAAAGAAUUCAUUUUUGCGUGAAGAAAUCGAGAGACUUAAAAAACGUAAAGUAUCGAAAGAUGCUAAAGAACUUAAAACUGUCAAAAAACAAAAUCAAAUUAUUAUUGGUGAAAAUAAAAAACUUAAAAAAGAGAUUGAAACGUUGAGAUCAAAAAUAAAAUUAAUUAAAGACGUCCAAACUCCACUAGAUUUUGAAUUUUCCGAGAGCGAUGAUAGUACAGAUGAGGGUGAUAAAACAACAACUACUACAGAUGAUGAUGGGGCAUCAUCAAAUUCGCAAGGUUAUCAAAUGGUUUCAAUAACAUGUAAUGGUAAAGAUUGUGAAGCAAGUAAACAAUUAAAAGGUUUGGAACAAGAUUUAAUAGAUGUUAAAUUGAAAUUGGCAGAAAGUGAAGGAUCAAAGGAUAUUCUAGCCUCUCAAUUGGACACUUUAAGGUCAUUGGUAAACACCCUCACUGAUAAUGAAUCUAACGAUGAUAAUAAUAAUAGUCGCUUUAUUAAUAGGCAUAAAUUUAAUAGUUGUAAUAGUAGAGCAAAACCAGAUAAAAGAACAAGAACUUCUAGUAUUUCAAUUGCUUCAUUUUUUGGUGGUGGCGGAUCGUAA